CGGUUACAGAAAUAGGAAAAUGUUUUAGAAGAAUGAAACAUGACAUGCUAUGAUUCUAGCCAGCACUUGACAUCAUACAGUGUAUUGGGAGGAGGUAAAUGAUUUCCUGAACAUUUUAUAUGAAAGUUUGUCACAAGUGGACUCUGGAGGAGGGACUUUGAAGAACCAUGUCUGGCAAGAAGUCAAGAAAAGUGAGAAUGGGAUCAUCACGUCAACCCCGUCAGAAUCAAGAUGAACAUGAGACUAACAAAGAUGAUGAUGAUGGGUCCCAAAUGUUGUCAAAGGAAAGGAAAGUACUUGAAGUUGGGGCUGAUUCAGUUUCAGUGAUACUCCAGACGGACCUUGUCUCAUCAGAUAACUUAUCAAACAUAACACAACAACACACAGAAGAAAAUAAUCCACCAUUAAAUGACGUCACAGAGUCAAAUCUCUCUCAACCUGUAAACCCAUAUCUUCUAAAAUCACUUGACACUGCAGGGAAGAGAAGGAAAAUGGGGUCUACUCGUCAGAAUAAAAGAAAACCAGAGGAGACCGACUUUGGGGUGAUACAAGACACCAAAACUGGAGACACAGAAAAAUCCCUAGAAAUUCAGGCAUCCAUUUCAGUUGUGGAAUCUGAGUCCCACAGCAACAGAGAAGAGUGCGUGGGUCAAAAAGAAAGUGAAAUGAACACUGAGAGCAGAAGUCAAAGGGAGUUUCUUUUGAUUACUUCUAACACACUCGACCAACCGGAUGACAGAUGUAAAGAGGAAGUUGGUGAGGAUAUUGAACCUAGUAGUGAAGCUGUGGUUAGUUUUGGCAGUGAAUUGCUUCAAGAUACUCUUGGAACCAAAUCACUCUUGCAUCUGCCCCUAGACCUUGCAUUGCAAGUUGUUCAUGGAGUCGCUGCUGAACCAAUAACAGAGGAGUUGAAGAAAGAGGAAGAGAGGAGGCAGGAAAGUGAGCAUGCCGAGGUGGAGUCCUCCACAUUUCUCAGCUCUAGGCAUUCAUUAGAUCAAUCCCUUGAGUCAGACACUUUAACCAACACAGAAGAGUUUGAGUCAUUCAAUAACACAAUAAUCCUCCAAAGUGGAGAAGGUGAAGAGAAACUUGAACUUGUUGUAAAUGAGUCAGAAUUGCAAGAUGACAUUAACUCUACUGGUCCAGGCAGUCAGGAAACAUUGCACCACAGAGAUGAAGAUGAGAACUUUGUUGAUCUGAUAGUUGAGGAAAAUAUAAUACUGGCAAAUAUAACUCAUUUUAGACAACCAGACCAUGUAGAAAGCUAUCAACCUGAACAAAGUGAGGAUAUUACCUGCUUUUUACAAUCGACCCCUUCAGACAGCUCUUUGGGUCAUGACAAAAGUGCUCAAUCAGAAUCCAGGAGAAGAAAGAUGGGUUCCACUCGCAGGAAUCCUAGAGGUAGACAUGAGGAGGAAGAACACGGAGAGAGUAAGAUGCAUAGAUAUCGUUAUCUUGAAAAUGAGGGAGAAGAGGUCAUAUUGGGAAAAGAAGAAAUGUUUGGCAUCAAAGAGGCUGAGUUUGAAAUAUCUAUGGAGCCUAAAGAUAGCACCAGUGUCGACGAGAAAGAAGGAGAGCAGAUGGAAAAGGACAAUUUCCAAACAGAGAAAGACACAGAAAACAUAGAAGAGACAGGAAGGAGGUUAGACUGGGACAUGGGAACAGUGGAAGGAUCUGGUGUUGAAACAUCAGAAGAGUCUCUGGUGUUAUUGGAACCAGAGCAUGGAGCAGAUGAGGAGAAGAAAGGAAUGGAAGAAGAAAGUCUGAUUGAACCCACCCCUUUUGAUCAAUACAUCGAUUCAGUUGGUAUUGCAGAUCAAUUAUAUACCCAAGAGAAAGGCAACAGAUUCACUGUAGACUCUGUCAAUACAGAAACUGAGAGCAACAAUGAAGCAAGCAUGGCCCACAUAGUUGACCCAAUAGAACCCUUCAGCGUUGGACUGGACCAAUCAGGAGACACUUUACUCAGGGAGGAAGAAGUUAGUGAUUUCACACUGCUUGUGAAUCAUUCUGAAGUGAGCAAGAGCAGCCAAAUAGCAUAUGAUUGUGCUCUUACACUAGAGUCAGAUGACACUUUCAGCACUGAUCCCAAAAUCUCUCCUAGUCAACUCAUCCAAACUCCAUGUAUGGAAAUCACUAACCCCUUUCUCAACCCAUUAUUACCGCAGAGUAUUCAGGGGAAUGAGGAGGAUGCAAACACUGACCCCAAUACAACAGGGGGACUGGACACAUCAGAGGUCAUUUUACUCAGCGAGGAAGAAAUGAGUGAUCAUGUGCCGCUUGUAAAUGAAGUGAGUGUCAGUAGCCAAAUGACGUAUGAUGAUAAAACUCUCACAACAGAGCCCUGCCAAACAGAUGAGGCUUUGAGCACUGAUCCCAAUAUCUCUGCUAGUCAACUCAACCAAACUCCAUACUCGGAUGAAAGCCGUAACUCUUUUCCCAAUUCACUCUUACUGCAGAGUGUUCAGGACCAAGGUGAUAAUGCAGCAAACACAGACUCCAAUCAGAGUCCUUCUCCAAGCAGGAGGAGAAAGAUGGGGUCGACUCGUAGGCAUCCUAGAGGUGUACAAAGAGAAGAGGAGGGCACAGAGGAGAAACAAGAAGGGGAAAUAGAAAGCACAGAGGAGAUAGAAGACAAGAGAGAAAACAUGGAUGCAGUGGAAGGUUCUUGCAUGGAGUUUGAAAUGUUGAUGGAAUCUAAGGAUGGAGCUGGUAAUGAGAAGAAUGAAGGAGAAGAGAGAAAUGAGGAGAGUGUCCUGACUGACCUCAGCUGUUCAUUUAGUACUUCAAAUCAAGAGGGAAGAAACAUAGAGGCUGACAUUAUAGAAAGUGAGAGCCAAUCAAUUAUAAAGGAAUCAAUGGCAACAAAACUCUUGCUUCUACGUGAAGCAGAGUUGACUCAGAUUAGUCAAACUCUUCACAACCCUUACCCUGAUGUUCCUACUAUAGAGUCAUAUGACUCCUACCUGACCGAUGACACACUGAACUCAAAUCCUGCCAUCACUGGUUUGCAACACAAAGAAACAUCAUUGGAGGAAACACUUGAUGAAUCAAGAGGAAACACUGACUCCCCUCCAGAUCCACCCUCACUGCAGAGUUCUCUUGGUCCAGAGGAAACAGCAGAGGGAGAAUCCUACACUCCAGGGAGGAAAAGGAAGAUCGGUUCCACUCGCAGCAAGACUCAUCGAGGUAGAAAAGGAGAGGAGAGAAGAGAGGAGGGACAGGAGGAGGAGAAAGGAGAAGGCACAGAUGUUAUAGGAGAGGUGGGAGAUGUCAUUAUAACAGCAGAAAUGGAUUCUAGCAUAGAAAAGACUGAGCUUGUAGAGCUUGAGGAACUUCUAGAAAAAGUGACAGAGGAGCAGGCGAUGGCAGACCCAGAGAUCAUAGUAGUGGAAGGAGAGGUCAACAUAGUAUUAGAAGGAGAAUCUGGCAUCGAAAAGUCUGAGCUUGUAGAACAUACAGAAAAAGUUAGAGAGGCGGAGGAGAUAGAAGUAGAAGUGAAAAUAGUCACAGAGAGCGAGAGCAACCAAACUCCCUCUGACACAGCAGCUCUUACAGUAGAGGCCCAAGAGUCAGGUGACAUGGUUUGUAUAGAGCCAUAUAUAACAUCACAAUACAUGGAAGACAAUAAUCCCUCAUUAAAUGACCUCACAGAAUUAAAUCUGUCUCAAACUGAAAACCCAUAUCUGCUUGAAUCACCUGACACUGCAAAGAAGAGAAGGAAAAGGGGUUCUACUCGUCGGAAUAAAGGUAAACAAGCAGAGACAGACUUUGGGGAGAACCAAGACUCCAAAACUGGAGACGCAGAAAAAUCCCUACAACUUCAGGAAUCCAUUGCAGUUGUGGAAUCCUGGUCCUACAGCAACACAGAAGAGCUUCUGGGUCCAAAAGAAAGUGAAACGGAGGACACUGAGUGCAGCAGUCAAAGUGAGUUUCUUUUGUUUGCUUCUAACACACUCAACCAACCGGAUGACAGAUGUAAAGAGGAAGUUGGUGAAGACAUUGAACCUAGUAGUGAAGCUGUGGUUAGUUAUAGCAGUGAAUUGCUUCAAGAUACUCUUGGAACCAAAUCACUCUUGCAUCUGCCCCUAGACCUUGCGUUGCAAGUUGUUCAUGGAGUCGCUGCUGAACCCAUAACAGAGGAGUUGAAGAAAGAGGAAGAGAGGAGGCAGGAAAGUGAGCAUGCCGAGGUGGAGUCCUCCACAUUUCUCAGCUCUAGGCAUUCAUUAGAUCAAUCCCUUGAGUCAGACACUUUAACCAACACAGAAGAGUUUGAGUCAUUCAAUAACACAAUAAUCCUCCAAAGUGGAGAAGGUGAAGAGAAACUUGAACUUGUUGUAAAUGAGUCAGAAUUGCAAGAUGACAUUAACUCUACUGGUCCAGGCAGUCAGGAAACAUUGCACCACAGAGAUGAAGAUGAGAACUUUGUUGAUCUGAUAGUUGAGGAAAAUAUAGUACUGGCAAAUAUAUCUCAUUUUAGACAACCAGACCAUGUAGAAAGCUAUCAACCUGAACAAAGUGAGGAUAUUACCUGCUUUUUACAAUCAACCCCUUCAGACAGCUCUUUGGGUCAUGACAAAAGUGCUCAAUCACAAUCCAGGAGAAGAAAGAUGGGUUCCACUCGCAGGAAUCCUAGAGGUAGACAUGAGGAGGAAGAACACGGAGAGAGUAAGAUGCAUAGAUAUCGUUAUCUUGAAAAUGAGGGAGAAGAGGUCAUAUUGGGAAAAGAAGAAAUGUUUGGCAUCAAAGAGGCUGAGUUUGAAAUAUCUAUGGAGCCUAAAGAUAGCACCAGUGUCGACGAGAAAGAAGGAGAGCAGAUGGAAAAGGACAAUUUCCAAACAGAGAAAGACACAGAAAACAUAGAAGAGACAGGAAGGAGGUUAGAGUGGGACAUGGGAACAGUGGAAGGAUCUGGUGUUGAAACAAUGGAAGAGUCUCUGAUGUUAUUGGAACCGGAGCAUGGAGCAGAUGAGGAGAAGAAAGGAAUGGAAGAAGAAAGUCUGAUUGAACCCACCCCUUUUGAUCAAUACAUCGAUUCAGUUGGUAUUGCAGAUCAAUUAUAUAACCAAGAGAAAGGCAACAGAUUCACUGUAGACUCUGUCAAUACAGAAACUGAGAGCAACAAUGAAGCAAGCAUGGCCCACAUAGUUGACCCAAUAGAACCCUUCAGCGUUGGACUGGACCAAUCAGGAGACACUUUACUCAGGGAGGAAGAAGUUAGUGAUUUCACACUGCUUGUGAAUCAUUCUGAAGUGAGCAAGAGCAGCCAAAUAGCAUAUGAUUGUGCUCUUACACUAGAGUCAGAUGACACUUUCAGCACUGAUCCCAAAAUCUCUCCUAGUCAACUCAUCCAAACUCCAUGUAUGGAAAUCACUAACCCCUUCCUCAACCCAUUAUUACCGCAGAGUAUUCAGGGGAAUGAGGAGGAUGCAAACACUGACCCCAAUACAACAGGGGGACUGGACACAUCAGAGGUCAUUUUACUCAGCGAGGAAGAAAUGAGUGAUCAUGUGCCGCUUGUAAAUGAAGUGAGUGUCAGUAGCCAAAUGACGUAUGAUGAUAAAACUCUCACAACAGAGCCCUGCCAAACAGAUGAGGCUUUGAGCACUGAUCCCAAUAUCUCUGCUAGUCAACUCAACCAAACUCCAUACUCGGAUGAAAGCCGUAACUCUUUUCCCAAUUCACUCUUACUGCAGAGUGUUCAGGACCAAGGUGAUAAUGCAGCAAACACAGACUCCAAUCAGAGUCCUUCUCCAAGCAGGAGGAGAAAGAUGGGGUCGACUCGUAGGCAUCCUAGAGGUGUACAAAGAGAAGAGGAGGGCACAGAGGAGAAACAAGAAGGGGAAAUAGAAAGCACAGAGGAGAUAGAAGACAAGAGAGAAAACAUGGAUGCAGUGGAAGGUUCUUGCAUGGAGUUUGAAAUGUUGAUGGAAUCUAAGGAUGGAGCUGGUAAUGAGAAGAAUGAAGGAGAAGAGAGAAAUGAGGAGAGUGUCCUGACUGACCUCAGCUGUUCAUUUAGUACUUCAAAUCAAGAGGGAAGAAACAUAGAGGCUGACAUUAUAGAAAGUGAGAGCCAAUCAAUUAUAAAGGAAUCAAUGGCAACAAAACUCUUGCUUCUACGUGAAGCAGAGUUGACUCAGAUUAGUCAAACUCUUCACAACCCUUACCCUGAUGUUCCUACUAUAGAGUCAUAUGACUCCUACCUGACCGAUGACACACUGAACUCAAAUCCUGCCAUCACUGGUUUGCAACACAAAGAAACAUCAUUGGAGGAAACACUUGAUGAAUCAAGAGGAAACACUGACUCCCCUCCAGAUCCACCCUCACUGCAGAGUUCUCUUGGUCCAGAGGAAACAGCAGAGGGAGAAUCCUACACUCCAGGGAGGAAAAGGAAGAUCGGUUCCACUCGCAGCAAGACUCAUCGAGGUAGAAAAGGAGAGGAGAGAAGAGAGGAGGGACAGGAGGAGGAGAAAGGAGAAGGCACAGAUGUUAUAGGAGAGGUGGGAGAUGUCAUUAUAACAGCAGAAAUGGAUUCUAGCAUAGAAAAGACUGAGCUUGUAGAGCUUGAGGAACUUCUAGAAAAAGUGACAGAGGAGCAGGCGAUGGCAGACCCAGAGAUCAUAGUAGUGGAAGGAGAGGUCAACAUAGUAUUAGAAGGAGAAUCUGGCAUCGAAAAGUCUGAGCUUGUAGAACAUACAGAAAAAGUUAGAGAGGCGGAGGAGAUAGAAGUAGAAGUGAAAAUAGUCACAGAGAGCGAGAGCAACCAAACUCCCUCUGACACAGCAGCUCUUACAGUAGAGGCCCAAGAGUCAGGUGACAUGGUUUGUAUAGAGCCAUAUAUAACAUCACAAUACAUGGAAGACAAUAAUCCCUCAUUAAAUGACCUCACAGAAUUAAAUCUGUCUCAAACUGAAAACCCAUAUCUGCUUGAAUCACCUGACACUGCAAAGAAGAGAAGGAAAAGGGGUUCUACUCGUCGGAAUAAAGGUAAACAAGCAGAGACAGACUUUGGGGAGAACCAAGACUCCAAAACUGGAGACGCAGAAAAAUCCCUACAACUUCAGGAAUCCAUUGCAGUUGUGGAAUCCUGGUCCUACAGCAACACAGAAGAGCUUCUGGGUCCAAAAGAAAGUGAAACGGAGGACACUGAGUGCAGCAGUCAAAGUGAGUUUCUUUUGUUUGCUUCUAACACACUCAACCAACCGGAUGACAGAUGUAAAGAGGAAGUUGGUGAAGACAUUGAACCUAGUAGUGAAGCUGUGGUUAGUUAUAGCAGUGAAUUGCUUCAAGAUACUCUUGGAACCAAAUCACUCUUGCAUCUGCCCCUAGACCUUGCGUUGCAAGUUGUUCAUGGAGUCGCUGCUGAACCCAUAACAGAGGAGUUGAAGAAAGAGGAAGAGAGGAGGCAGGAAAGUGAGCAUGCCGAGGUGGAGUCCUCCACAUUUCUCAGCUCUAGGCAUUCAUUAGAUCAAUCCCUUGAGUCAGACACUUUAACCAACACAGAAGAGUUUGAGUCAUUCAAUAACACAAUAAUCCUCCAAAGUGGAGAAGGUGAAGAGAAACUUGAACUUGUUGUAAAUGAGUCAGAAUUGCAAGAUGACAUUAACUCUACUGGUCCAGGCAGUCAGGAAACAUUGCACCACAGAGAUGAAGAUGAGAACUUUGUUGAUCUGAUAGUUGAGGAAAAUAUAGUACUGGCAAAUAUAUCUCAUUUUAGACAACCAGACCAUGUAGAAAGCUAUCAACCUGAACAAAGUGAGGAUAUUACCUGCUUUUUACAAUCAACCCCUUCAGACAGCUCUUUGGGUCAUGACAAAAGUGCUCAAUCACAAUCCAGGAGAAGAAAGAUGGGUUCCACUCGCAGGAAUCCUAGAGGUAGACAUGAGGAGGAAGAACACGGAGAGAGUAAGAUGCAUAGAUAUCGUUAUCUUGAAAAUGAGGGAGAAGAGGUCAUAUUGGGAAAAGAAGAAAUGUUUGGCAUCAAAGAGGCUGAGUUUGAAAUAUCUAUGGAGCCUAAAGAUAGCACCAGUGUCGACGAGAAAGAAGGAGAGCAGAUGGAAAAGGACAAUUUCCAAACAGAGAAAGACACAGAAAACAUAGAAGAGACAGGAAGGAGGUUAGAGUGGGACAUGGGAACAGUGGAAGGAUCUGGUGUUGAAACAUCAGAAGAGUCUCUGGUGUUAUUGGAACCAGAGCAUGGAGCAGAUGAGGAGAAGAAAGGAAUGGAAGAAGAAAGUCUGAUUGAACCCACCCCUUUUGAUCAAUACAUCGAUUCAGUUGGUAUUGCAGAUCAAUUAUAUAACCAAGAGAAAGGCAACAGAUUCACUGUAGACUCUGUCAAUACAGAAACUGAGAGCAACAAUGAAGCAAGCAUGGCCCACAUAGUUGACCCAAUAGAACCCUUCAGCGUUGGACUGGACCAAUCAGGAGACACUUUACUCAGGGAGGAAGAAGUUAGUGAUUUCACACUGCUUGUGAAUCAUUCUGAAGUGAGCAAGAGCAGCCAAAUAGCAUAUGAUUGUGCUCUUACACUAGAGUCAGAUGACACUUUCAGCACUGAUCCCAAAAUCUCUCCUAGUCAACUCAUCCAAACUCCAUGUAUGGAAAUCACUAACCCCUUCCUCAACCCAUUAUUACCGCAGAGUAUUCAGGGGAAUGAGGAGGAUGCAAACACUGACCCCAAUACAACAGGGGGACUGGACACAUCAGAGGUCAUUUUACUCAGCGAGGAAGAAAUGAGUGAUCAUGUGCCGCUUGUAAAUGAAGUGAGUGUCAGUAGCCAAAUGACGUAUGAUGAUAAAACUCUCACAACAGAGCCCUGCCAAACAGAUGAGGCUUUGAGCACUGAUCCCAAUAUCUCUGCUAGUCAACUCAACCAAACUCCAUACUCGGAUGAAAGCCAUAACUCUUUUCCCAAUUCACUCUUACUGCAGAGUGUUCAGGACCAAGGUGAUAAUGCAGCAAACACAGACUCCAAUCAGAGUCCUUCUCCAAGCAGGAGGAGAAAGAUGGGGUCGACUCGUAGGCAUCCUAGAGGUGUACAAAGAGAAGAGGAGGGCACAGAGGAGAAACAAGAAGGGGAAAUAGAAAGCACAGAGGAGAUAGAAGACAAGAGAGAAAACAUGGAUGCAGUGGAAGGUUCUUGCAUGGAGUUUGAAAUGUUGAUGGAAUCUAAGGAUGGAGCUGGUAAUGAGAAGAAUGAAGGAGAAGAGAGAAAUGAGGAGAGUGUCCUGACUGACCUCAGCUGUUCAUUUAGUACUUCAAAUCAAGAGGGAAGAAACAUAGAGGCUGACAUUAUAGAAAGUGAGAGCCAAUCAAUUAUAAAGGAAUCAAUGGCAACAAAACUCUUGCUUCUACGUGAAGCAGAGUUGACUCAGAUUAGUCAAACUCUUCACAACCCUUACCCUGAUGUUCCUACUAUAGAGUCAUAUGACUCCUACCUGACCGAUGACACACUGAACUCAAAUCCUGCCAUCACUGGUUUGCAACACAAAGAAACAUCAUUGGAGGAAACACUUGAUGAAUCAAGAGGAAACACUGACUCCCCUCCAGAUCCACCCUCACUGCAGAGUUCUCUUGGUCCAGAGGAAACAGCAGAGGGAGAAUCCUACACUCCAGGGAGGAAAAGGAAGAUCGGUUCCACUCGCAGCAAGACUCAUCGAGGUAGAAAAGGAGAGGAGAGAAGAGAGGAGGGACAGGAGGAGGAGAAAGGAGAAGGCACAGAUGUUAUAGGAGAGGUGGGAGAUGUCAUUAUAACAGCAGAAAUGGAUUCUAGCAUAGAAAAGACUGAGCUUGUAGAGCUUGAGGAACUUCUAGAAAAAGUGACAGAGGAGCAGGCGAUGGCAGACCCAGAGAUCAUAGUAGUGGAGGGAGAGGUCAACAUAGUAUUAGAAGGAGAAUCUGGCAUCGAAAAGUCUGAGCUUGUAGAACAUACAGAAAAAGUUAGAGAGGCGGAGGAGAUAGAAGUAGAAGUGAAAAUAGUCACAGAGAGCGAGAGCAACCAAACUCCCUCUGACACAGCAGCUCUUACAGUAGAGGCCCAAGAGUCAGGUGACAUGGUUUGUAUAGAGCCAUAUAUAACAUCACAAUACAUGGAAGACAAUAAUCCCUCAUUAAAUGACCUCACAGAAUUAAAUCUGUCUCAAACUGAAAACCCAUAUCUGCUUGAAUCACCUGACACUGCAAAGAAGAGAAGGAAAAGGGGUUCUACUCGUCGGAAUAAAGGUAAACAAGCAGAGACAGACUUUGGGGAGAACCAAGACUCCAAAACUGGAGACGCAGAAAAAUCCCUACAACUUCAGGAAUCCAUUGCAGUUGUGGAAUCCUGGUCCUACAGCAACACAGAAGAGCUUCUGGGUCCAAAAGAAAGUGAAACGGAGGACACUGAGUGCAGCAGUCAAAGUGAGUUUCUUUUGUUUGCUUCUAACACACUCAACCAACCGGAUGACAGAUGUAAAGAGGAAGUUGGUGAAGACAUUGAACCUAGUAGUGAAGCUGUGGUUAGUUAUAGCAGUGAAUUGCUUCAAGAUACUCUUGGAACCAAAUCACUCUUGCAUCUGCCCCUAGACCUUGCGUUGCAAGUUGUUCAUGGAGUCGCUGCUGAACCCAUAACAGAGGAGUUGAAGAAAGAGGAAGAGAGGAGGCAGGAAAGUGAGCAUGCCGAGGUGGAGUCCUCCACAUUUCUCAGCUCUAGGCAUUCAUUAGAUCAAUCCCUUGAGUCAGACACUUUAACCAACACAGAAGAGUUUGAGUCAUUCAAUAACACAAUAAUCCUCCAAAGUGGAGAAGGUGAAGAGAAACUUGAACUUGUUGUAAAUGAGUCAGAAUUGCAAGAUGACAUUAACUCUACUGGUCCAGGCAGUCAGGAAACAUUGCACCACAGAGAUGAAGAUGAGAACUUUGUUGAUCUGAUAGUUGAGGAAAAUAUAGUACUGGCAAAUAUAUCUCAUUUUAGACAACCAGACCAUGUAGAAAGCUAUCAACCUGAACAAAGUGAGGAUAUUACCUGCUUUUUACAAUCAACCCCUUCAGACAGCUCUUUGGGUCAUGACAAAAGUGCUCAAUCACAAUCCAGGAGAAGAAAGAUGGGUUCCACUCGCAGGAAUCCUAGAGGUAGACAUGAGGAGGAAGAACACGGAGAGAGUAAGAUGCAUAGAUAUCGUUAUCUUGAAAAUGAGGGAGAAGAGGUCAUAUUGGGAAAAGAAGAAAUGUUUGGCAUCAAAGAGGCUGAGUUUGAAAUAUCUAUGGAGCCUAAAGAUAGCACCAGUGUCGACGAGAAAGAAGGAGAGCAGAUGGAAAAGGACAAUUUCCAAACAGAGAAAGACACAGAAAACAUAGAAGAGACAGGAAGGAGGUUAGAGUGGGACAUGGGAACAGUGGAAGGAUCUGGUGUUGAAACAUCAGAAGAGUCUCUGGUGUUAUUGGAACCAGAGCAUGGAGCAGAUGAGGAGAAGAAAGGAAUGGAAGAAGAAAGUCUGAUUGAACCCACCCCUUUUGAUCAAUACAUCGAUUCAGUUGGUAUUGCAGAUCAAUUAUAUAACCAAGAGAAAGGCAACAGAUUCACUGUAGACUCUGUCAAUACAGAAACUGAGAGCAACAAUGAAGCAAGCAUGGCCCACAUAGUUGACCCAAUAGAACCCUUCAGCGUUGGACUGGACCAAUCAGGAGACACUUUACUCAGGGAGGAAGAAGUUAGUGAUUUCACACUGCUUGUGAAUCAUUCUGAAGUGAGCAAGAGCAGCCAAAUAGCAUAUGAUUGUGCUCUUACACUAGAGUCAGAUGACACUUUCAGCACUGAUCCCAAAAUCUCUCCUAGUCAACUCAUCCAAACUCCAUGUAUGGAAAUCACUAACCCCUUCCUCAACCCAUUAUUACCGCAGAGUAUUCAGGGGAAUGAGGAGGAUGCAAACACUGACCCCAAUACAACAGGGGGACUGGACACAUCAGAGGUCAUUUUACUCAGCGAGGAAGAAAUGAGUGAUCAUGUGCCGCUUGUAAAUGAAGUGAGUGUCAGUAGCCAAAUGACGUAUGAUGAUAAAACUCUCACAACAGAGCCCUGCCAAACAGAUGAGGCUUUGAGCACUGAUCCCAAUAUCUCUGCUAGUCAACUCAACCAAACUCCAUACUCGGAUGAAAGCCGUAACUCUUUUCCCAAUUCACUCUUACUGCAGAGUGUUCAGGACCAAGGUGAUAAUGCAGCAAACACAGACUCCAAUCAGAGUCCUUCUCCAAGCAGGAGGAGAAAGAUGGGGUCGACUCGUAGGCAUCCUAGAGGUGUACAAAGAGAAGAGGAGGGCACAGAGGAGAAACAAGAAGGGGAAAUAGAAAGCACAGAGGAGAUAGAAGACAAGAGAGAAAACAUGGAUGCAGUGGAAGGUUCUUGCAUGGAGUUUGAAAUGUUGAUGGAAUCUAAGGAUGGAGCUGGUAAUGAGAAGAAUGAAGGAGAAGAGAGAAAUGAGGAGAGUGUCCUGACUGACCUCAGCUGUUCAUUUAGUACUUCAAAUCAAGAGGGAAGAAACAUAGAGGCUGACAUUAUAGAAAGUGAGAGCCAAUCAAUUAUAAAGGAAUCAAUGGCAACAAAACUCUUGCUUCUACGUGAAGCAGAGUUGACUCAGAUUAGUCAAACUCUUCACAACCCUUACCCUGAUGUUCCUACUAUAGAGUCAUAUGACUCCUACCUGACCGAUGACACACUGAACUCAAAUCCUGCCAUCACUGGUUUGCAACACAAAGAAACAUCAUUGGAGGAAACACUUGAUGAAUCAAGAGGAAACACUGACUCCCCUCCAGAUCCACCCUCACUGCAGAGUUCUCUUGGUCCAGAGGAAACAGCAGAGGGAGAAUCCUACACUCCAGGGAGGAAAAGGAAGAUCGGUUCCACUCGCAGCAAGACUCAUCGAGGUAGAAAAGGAGAGGAGAGAAGAGAGGAGGGACAGGAGGAGGAGAAAGGAGAAGGCACAGAUGUUAUAGGAGAGGUGGGAGAUGUCAUUAUAACAGCAGAAAUGGAUUCUAGCAUAGAAAAGACUGAGCUUGUAGAGCUUGAGGAACUUCUAGAAAAAGUGACAGAGGAGCAGGCGAUGGCAGACCCAGAGAUCAUAGUAGUGGAAGGAGAGGUCAACAUAGUAUUAGAAGGAGAAUCUGGCAUCGAAAAGUCUGAGCUUGUAGAACAUACAGAAAAAGUUAGAGAGGCGGAGGAGAUAGAAGUAGAAGUGAAAAUAGUCACAGAGAGCGAGAGCAACCAAACUCCCUCUGACACAGCAGCUCUUACAGUAGAGGCCCAAGAGUCAGGUGACAUGGUUUGUAUAGAGCCAUAUAUAACAUCACAAUACAUGGAAGACAAUAAUCCCUCAUUAAAUGACCUCACAGAAUUAAAUCUGUCUCAAACUGAAAACCCAUAUCUGCUUGAAUCACCUGACACUGCAAAGAAGAGAAGGAAAAGGGGUUCUACUCGUCGGAAUAAAGGUAAACAAGCAGAGACAGACUUUGGGGAGAACCAAGACUCCAAAACUGGAGACGCAGAAAAAUCCCUACAACUUCAGGAAUCCAUUGCAGUUGUGGAAUCCUGGUCCUACAGCAACACAGAAGAGCUUCUGGGUCCAAAAGAAAGUGAAACGGAGGACACUGAGUGCAGCAGUCAAAGUGAGUUUCUUUUGUUUGCUUCUAACACACUCAACCAACCGGAUGACAGAUGUAAAGAGGAAGUUGGUGAAGACAUUGAACCUAGUAGUGAAGCUGUGGUUAGUUAUAGCAGUGAAUUGCUUCAAGAUACUCUUGGAACCAAAUCACUCUUGCAUCUGCCCCUAGACCUUGCGUUGCAAGUUGUUCAUGGAGUCGCUGCUGAACCCAUAACAGAGGAGUUGAAGAAAGAGGAAGAGAGGAGGCAGGAAAGUGAGCAUGCCGAGGUGGAGUCCUCCACAUUUCUCAGCUCUAGGCAUUCAUUAGAUCAAUCCCUUGAGUCAGACACUUUAACCAACACAGAAGAGUUUGAGUCAUUCAAUAACACAAUAAUCCUCCAAAGUGGAGAAGGUGAAGAGAAACUUGAACUUGUUGUAAAUGAGUCAGAAUUGCAAGAUGACAUUAACUCUACUGGUCCAGGCAGUCAGGAAACAUUGCACCACAGAGAUGAAGAUGAGAACUUUGUUGAUCUGAUAGUUGAGGAAAAUAUAGUACUGGCAAAUAUAUCUCAUUUUAGACAACCAGACCAUGUAGAAAGCUAUCAACCUGAACAAAGUGAGGAUAUUACCUGCUUUUUACAAUCAACCCCUUCAGACAGCUCUUUGGGUCAUGACAAAAGUGCUCAAUCACAAUCCAGGAGAAGAAAGAUGGGUUCCACUCGCAGGAAUCCUAGAGGUAGACAUGAGGAGGAAGAACACGGAGAGAGUAAGAUGCAUAGAUAUCGUUAUCUUGAAAAUGAGGGAGAAGAGGUCAUAUUGGGAAAAGAAGAAAUGUUUGGCAUCAAAGAGGCUGAGUUUGAAAUAUCUAUGGAGCCUAAAGAUAGCACCAGUGUCGACGAGAAAGAAGGAGAGCAGAUGGAAAAGGACAAUUUCCAAACAGAGAAAGACACAGAAAACAUAGAAGAGACAGGAAGGAGGUUAGAGUGGGACAUGGGAACAGUGGAAGGAUCUGGUGUUGAAACAUCAGAAGAGUCUCUGGUGUUAUUGGAACCAGAGCAUGGAGCAGAUGAGGAGAAGAAAGGAAUGGAAGAAGAAAGUCUGAUUGAACCCACCCCUUUUGAUCAAUACAUCGAUUCAGUUGGUAUUGCAGAUCAAUUAUAUAACCAAGAGAAAGGCAACAGAUUCACUGUAGACUCUGUCAAUACAGAAACUGAGAGCAACAAUGAAGCAAGCAUGGCCCACAUAGUUGACCCAAUAGAACCCUUCAGCGUUGGACUGGACCAAUCAGGAGACACUUUACUCAGGGAGGAAGAAGUUAGUGAUUUCACACUGCUUGUGAAUCAUUCUGAAGUGAGCAAGAGCAGCCAAAUAGCAUAUGAUUGUGCUCUUACACUAGAGUCAGAUGACACUUUCAGCACUGAUCCCAAAAUCUCUCCUAGUCAACUCAUCCAAACUCCAUGUAUGGAAAUCACUAACCCCUUCCUCAACCCAUUAUUACCGCAGAGUAUUCAGGGGAAUGAGGAGGAUGCAAACACUGACCCCAAUACAACAGGGGGACUGGACACAUCAGAGGUCAUUUUACUCAGCGAGGAAGAAAUGAGUGAUCAUGUGCCGCUUGUAAAUGAAGUGAGUGUCAGUAGCCAAAUGACGUAUGAUGAUAAAACUCUCACAACAGAGCCCUGCCAAACAGAUGAGGCUUUGAGCACUGAUCCCAAUAUCUCUGCUAGUCAACUCAACCAAACUCCAUACUCGGAUGAAAGCCGUAACUCUUUUCCCAAUUCACUCUUACUGCAGAGUGUUCAGGACCAAGGUGAUAAUGCAGCAAACACAGACUCCAAUCAGAGUCCUUCUCCAAGCAGGAGGAGAAAGAUGGGGUCGACUCGUAGGCAUCCUAGAGGUGUACAAAGAGAAGAGGAGGGCACAGAGGAGAAACAAGAAGGGGAAAUAGAAAGCACAGAGGAGAUAGAAGACAAGAGAGAAAACAUGGAUGCAGUGGAAGGUUCUUGCAUGGAGUUUGAAAUGUUGAUGGAAUCUAAGGAUGGAGCUGGUAAUGAGAAGAAUGAAGGAGAAGAGAGAAAUGAGGAGAGUGUCCUGACUGACCUCAGCUGUUCAUUUAGUACUUCAAAUCAAGAGGGAAGAAACAUAGAGGCUGACAUUAUAGAAAGUGAGAGCCAAUCAAUUAUAAAGGAAUCAAUGGCAACAAAACUCUUGCUUCUACGUGAAGCAGAGUUGACUCAGAUUAGUCAAACUCUUCACAACCCUUACCCUGAUGUUCCUACUAUAGAGUCAUAUGACUCCUACCUGACCGAUGACACACUGAACUCAAAUCCUGCCAUCACUGGUUUGCAACACAAAGAAACAUCAUUGGAGGAAACACUUGAUGAAUCAAGAGGAAACACUGACUCCCCUCCAGAUCCACCCUCACUGCAGAGUUCUCUUGGUCCAGAGGAAACAGCAGAGGGAGAAUCCUACACUCCAGGGAGGAAAAGGAAGAUCGGUUCCACUCGCAGCAAGACUCAUCGAGGUAGAAAAGGAGAGGAGAGAAGAGAGGAGGGACAGGAGGAGGAGAAAGGAGAAGGCACAGAUGUUAUAGGAGAGGUGGGAGAUGUCAUUAUAACAGCAGAAAUGGAUUCUAGCAUAGAAAAGACUGAGCUUGUAGAGCUUGAGGAACUUCUAGAAAAAGUGACAGAGGAGCAGGCGAUGGCAGACCCAGAGAUCAUAGUAGUGGAGGGAGAGGUCAACAUAGUAUUAGAAGGAGAAUCUGGCAUCGAAAAGUCUGAGCUUGUAGAACAUACAGAAAAAGUUAGAGAGGCGGAGGAGAUAGAAGUAGAAGUGAAAAUAGUCACAGAGAGCGAGAGCAACCAAACUCCCUCUGACACAGCAGCUCUUACAGUAGAGGCCCAAGAGUCAGGUGACAUGGUUUGUAUAGAGCCAUAUAUAACAUCACAAUACAUGGAAGACAAUAAUCCCUCAUUAAAUGACCUCACAGAAUUAAAUCUGUCUCAAACUGAAAACCCAUAUCUGCUUGAAUCACCUGACACUGCAAAGAAGAGAAGGAAAAGGGGUUCUACUCGUCGGAAUAAAGGUAAACAAGCAGAGACAGACUUUGGGGAGAACCAAGACUCCAAAACUGGAGACGCAGAAAAAUCCCUACAACUUCAGGAAUCCAUUGCAGUUGUGGAAUCCUGGUCCUACAGCAACACAGAAGAGCUUCUGGGUCCAAAAGAAAGUGAAACGGAGGACACUGAGUGCAGCAGUCAAAGUGAGUUUCUUUUGUUUGCUUCUAACACACUCAACCAACCGGAUGACAGAUGUAAAGAGGAAGUUGGUGAAGACAUUGAACCUAGUAGUGAAGCUGUGGUUAGUUAUAGCAGUGAAUUGCUUCAAGAUACUCUUGGAACCAAAUCACUCUUGCAUCUGCCCCUAGACCUUGCGUUGCAAGUUGUUCAUGGAGUCGCUGCUGAACCCAUAACAGAGGAGUUGAAGAAAGAGGAAGAGAGGAGGCAGGAAAGUGAGCAUGCCGAGGUGGAGUCCUCCACAUUUCUCAGCUCUAGGCAUUCAUUAGAUCAAUCCCUUGAGUCAGACACUUUAACCAACACAGAAGAGUUUGAGUCAUUCAAUAACACAAUAAUCCUCCAAAGUGGAGAAGGUGAAGAGAAACUUGAACUUGUUGUAAAUGAGUCAGAAUUGCAAGAUGACAUUAACUCUACUGGUCCAGGCAGUCAGGAAACAUUGCACCACAGAGAUGAAGAUGAGAACUUUGUUGAUCUGAUAGUUGAGGAAAAUAUAGUACUGGCAAAUAUAUCUCAUUUUAGACAACCAGACCAUGUAGAAAGCUAUCAACCUGAACAAAGUGAGGAUAUUACCUGCUUUUUACAAUCAACCCCUUCAGACAGCUCUUUGGGUCAUGACAAAAGUGCUCAAUCACAAUCCAGGAGAAGAAAGAUGGGUUCCACUCGCAGGAAUCCUAGAGGUAGACAUGAGGAGGAAGAACACGGAGAGAGUAAGAUGCAUAGAUAUCGUUAUCUUGAAAAUGAGGGAGAAGAGGUCAUAUUGGGAAAAGAAGAAAUGUUUGGCAUCAAAGAGGCUGAGUUUGAAAUAUCUAUGGAGCCUAAAGAUAGCACCAGUGUCGACGAGAAAGAAGGAGAGCAGAUGGAAAAGGACAAUUUCCAAACAGAGAAAGACACAGAAAACAUAGAAGAGACAGGAAGGAGGUUAGAGUGGGACAUGGGAACAGUGGAAGGAUCUGGUGUUGAAACAUCAGAAGAGUCUCUGGUGUUAUUGGAACCAGAGCAUGGAGCAGAUGAGGAGAAGAAAGGAAUGGAAGAAGAAAGUCUGAUUGAACCCACCCCUUUUGAUCAAUACAUCGAUUCAGUUGGUAUUGCAGAUCAAUUAUAUAACCAAGAGAAAGGCAACAGAUUCACUGUAGACUCUGUCAAUACAGAAACUGAGAGCAACAAUGAAGCAAGCAUGGCCCACAUAGUUGACCCAAUAGAACCCUUCAGCGUUGGACUGGACCAAUCAGGAGACACUUUACUCAGGGAGGAAGAAGUUAGUGAUUUCACACUGCUUGUGAAUCAUUCUGAAGUGAGCAAGAGCAGCCAAAUAGCAUAUGAUUGUGCUCUUACACUAGAGUCAGAUGACACUUUCAGCACUGAUCCCAAAAUCUCUCCUAGUCAACUCAUCCAAACUCCAUGUAUGGAAAUCACUAACCCCUUCCUCAACCCAUUAUUACCGCAGAGUAUUCAGGGGAAUGAGGAGGAUGCAAACACUGACCCCAAUACAACAGGGGGACUGGACACAUCAGAGGUCAUUUUACUCAGCGAGGAAGAAAUGAGUGAUCAUGUGCCGCUUGUAAAUGAAGUGAGUGUCAGUAGCCAAAUGACGUAUGAUGAUAAAACUCUCACAACAGAGCCCUGCCAAACAGAUGAGGCUUUGAGCACUGAUCCCAAUAUCUCUGCUAGUCAACUCAACCAAACUCCAUACUCGGAUGAAAGCCAUAACUCUUUUCCCAAUUCACUCUUACUGCAGAGUGUUCAGGACCAAGGUGAUAAUGCAGCAAACACAGACUCCAAUCAGAGUCCUUCUCCAAGCAGGAGGAGAAAGAUGGGGUCGACUCGUAGGCAUCCUAGAGGUGUACAAAGAGAAGAGGAGGGCACAGAGGAGAAACAAGAAGGGGAAAUAGAAAGCACAGAGGAGAUAGAAGACAAGAGAGAAAACAUGGAUGCAGUGGAAGGUUCUUGCAUGGAGUUUGAAAUGUUGAUGGAAUCUAAGGAUGGAGCUGGUAAUGAGAAGAAUGAAGGAGAAGAGAGAAAUGAGGAGAGUGUCCUGACUGACCUCAGCUGUUCAUUUAGUACUUCAAAUCAAGAGGGAAGAAACAUAGAGGCUGACAUUAUAGAAAGUGAGAGCCAAUCAAUUAUAAAGGAAUCAAUGGCAACAAAACUCUUGCUUCUACGUGAAGCAGAGUUGACUCAGAUUAGUCAAACUCUUCACAACCCUUACCCUGAUGUUCCUACUAUAGAGUCAUAUGACUCCUACCUGACCGAUGACACACUGAACUCAAAUCCUGCCAUCACUGGUUUGCAACACAAAGAAACAUCAUUGGAGGAAACACUUGAUGAAUCAAGAGGAAACACUGACUCCCCUCCAGAUCCACCCUCACUGCAGAGUUCUCUUGGUCCAGAGGAAACAGCAGAGGGAGAAUCCUACACUCCAGGGAGGAAAAGGAAGAUCGGUUCCACUCGCAGCAAGACUCAUCGAGGUAGAAAAGGAGAGGAGAGAAGAGAGGAGGGACAGGAGGAGGAGAAAGGAGAAGGCACAGAUGUUAUAGGAGAGGUGGGAGAUGUCAUUAUAACAGCAGAAAUGGAUUCUAGCAUAGAAAAGACUGAGCUUGUAGAGCUUGAGGAACUUCUAGAAAAAGUGACAGAGGAGCAGGCGAUGGCAGACCCAGAGAUCAUAGUAGUGGAGGGAGAGGUCAACAUAGUAUUAGAAGGAGAAUCUGGCAUCGAAAAGUCUGAGCUUGUAGAACAUACAGAAAAAGUUAGAGAGGCGGAGGAGAUAGAAGUAGAAGUGAAAAUAGUCACAGAGAGCGAGAGCAACCAAACUCCCUCUGACACAGCAGCUCUUACAGUAGAGGCCCAAGAGUCAGGUGACAUGGUUUGUAUAGAGCCAUAUAUAACAUCACAAUACAUGGAAGACAAUAAUCCCUCAUUAAAUGACCUCACAGAAUUAAAUCUGUCUCAAACUGAAAACCCAUAUCUGCUUGAAUCACCUGACACUGCAAAGAAGAGAAGGAAAAGGGGUUCUACUCGUCGGAAUAAAGGUCAACAAGCAGAGACAGACUUUGGGGAGAACCAAGACUCCAAAACUGGAGACGCAGAAAAAUCCCUACAACUUCAGGAAUCCAUUGCAGUUGUGGAAUCCUGGUCCUACAGCAACACAGAAGAGCUUCUGGGUCCAAAAGAAAGUGAAACGGAGGACACUGAGUGCAGCAGUCAAAGUGAGUUUCUUUUGUUUGCUUCUAACACACUCAACCAACCGGAUGACAGAUGUAAAGAGGAAGUUGGUGAAGACAUAGAACCUAGUAGUGAAGCUGUGGUUAGUUAUAGCAGUGAAUUGCUUCAAGAUACUCUUGGAACCAAAUCACUCUUGCAUCUGCCCCUAGACCUUGCGUUGCAAGUUGUUCAUGGAGUCGCUGCUGAACCCAUAACAGAGGAGUUGAAGAAAGAGGAAGAGAGGAGGCAGGAAAGUGAGCAUGCCGAGGUGGAGUCCUCCACAUUUCUCAGCUCUAGGCAUUCAUUAGAUCAAUCCCUUGAGUCAGACACUUUAACCAACACAGAAGAGUUUGAGUCAUUCAAUAACACAAUAAUCCUCCAAAGUGGAGAAGGUGAAGAGAAACUUGAACUUGUUGUAAAUGAGUCAGAAUUGCAAGAUGACAUUAACUCUACUGGUCCAGGCAGUCAGGAAACAUUGCACAACAGAGAUAAAGAUGAGAACUUUGUUGAUCUGAUAGUUGAGGAAAAUAUAGUACUGGCAAAUAUAUCUCCUUUUAGACAACCAGACCAUGUAGAAAGCUAUCAACCUGAACAAAGUGAGGAUAUUACCUGCUUUUUACAAUCAACCCCUUCAGACAGCUCUUUGGGUCAUGACAAAAGUGCUCAAUCAGAAUCCAGGAGAAGAAAGAUGGGUUCCACUCGCAGGAAUCCUAGAGGUAGACAUGAGGAGGAAGAACACGGAGAGAGUAAGAUGCAUAGAUAUCGUUAUCUUGAAAAUGAGGGAGAAGAGGUCAUAUUGGGAAAAGAAGAAAUGUUUGGCAUCAAAGAGGCUGAGUUUGAAAUAUCUAUGGAGCCUAAAGAUAGCACCAGUGUCGACGAGAAAGAAGGAGAGCAGAUGGAAAAGGACAAUUUCCAAACAGAGAAAGACACAGAAAACAUAGAAGAGACAGGAAGGAGGUUAGAGUGGGACAUGGGAACAGUGGAAGGAUCUGGUGUUGAAACAAUGGAAGAGUAUCUGAUGUUAUUGGAACCGGAGCAUGGAGCAGAUGAGGAGAAGAAAGGAAUGGAAGAAGAAAGUCUGAUUGAACCCACCCCUUUUGAUCAAUACAUCGAUUCAGUUGGUAUUGCAGAUCAAUUAUAUAACCAAGAGAAAGGCAACAGAUUCACUGUAGACUCUGUCAAUACAGAAACUGAGAGCAACAAUGAAGCAAGCAUGGCCCACAUAGUUGACCCAAUAGAACCCUUCAGCGUUGGACUGGACCAAUCAGGAGACACUUUACUCAGGGAGGAAGAAGUUAGUGAUUUCACACUGCUUGUGAAUCAUUCUGAAGUGAGCAAGAGCAGCCAAAUCGCAUAUGAUUGUGCUCUUACACUAGAGUCAGAUGACACUUUCAGCACUGAUCCCAAAAUCUCUCCUAGUCAACUCAUCCAAACUCCAUGUAUGGAAAUCACUAACCCCUUUCUCAACCCAUUAUUACCGCAGAGUAUUCAGGGGAAUGAGGAGGAUGCAAACACUGACCCCAAUACAACAGGGGGACUGGACACAUCAGAGGUCAUUUUACUCAGCGAGGAAGAAAUGAGUGAUCAUGUGCCGCUUGUAAAUGAAGUGAGUGUCAGUAGCCAAAUGACGUAUGAUGAUAAAACUCUCACAACAGAGCCCUGCCAAACAGAUGAGGCUUUGAGCACUGAUCCCAAUAUCUCUGCUAGUCAACUCAACCAAACUCCAUACUCGGAUGAAAGCCAUAACUCUUUUCCCAAUUCACUCUUACUGCAGAGUGUUCAGGACCAAGGUGAUAAUGCAGCAAACACAGACUCCAAUCAGAGUCCUUCUCCAAGCAGGAGGAGAAAGAUGGGGUCGACUCGUAGGCAUCCUAGAGGUGUACAAAGAGAAGAGGAGGGCACAGAGGAGAAACAAGAAGGGGAAAUAGAAAGCACAGAGGAGAUAGAAGACAAGAGAGAAAACAUGGAUGCAGUGGAAGGUUCUUGCAUGGAGUUUGAAAUGUUGAUGGAAUCUAAGGAUGGAGCUGGUAAUGAGAAGAAUGAAGGAGAAGAGAGAAAUGAGGAGAGUGUCCUGACUGACCUCAGCUGUUCAUUUAGUACUUCAAAUCAAGAGGGAAGAAACAUAGAGGCUGACAUUAUAGAAAGUGAGAGCCAAUCAAUUAUAAAGGAAUCAAUGGCAACAAAACUCUUGCUUCUACGUGAAGCAGAGUUGACUCAGAUUAGUCAAACUCUUCACAACCCUUACCCUGAUGUUCCUACUAUAGAGUCAUAUGACUCCUACCUGACCGAUGACACACUGAACUCAAAUCCUGCCAUCACUGGUUUGCAACACAAAGAAACAUCAUUGGAGGAAACACUUGAUGAAUCAAGAGGAAACACUGACUCCCCUCCAGAUCCACCCUCACUGCAGAGUUCUCUUGGUCCAGAGGAAACAGCAGAGGGAGAAUCCUACACUCCAGGGAGGAAAAGGAAGAUCGGUUCCACUCGCAGCAAGACUCAUCGAGGUAGAAAAGGAGAGGAGAGAAGAGAGGAGGGACAGGAGGAGGAGAAAGGAGAAGGCACAGAUGUUAUAGGAGAGGUGGGAGAUGUCAUUAUAACAGCAGAAAUGGAUUCUAGCAUAGAAAAGACUGAGCUUGUAGAGCUUGAGGAACUUCUAGAAAAAGUGACAGAGGAGCAGGCGAUGGCAGACCCAGAGAUCAUAGUAGUGGAGGGAGAGGUCAACAUAGUAUUAGAAGGAGAAUCUGGCAUCGAAAAGUCUGAGCUUGUAGAACAUACAGAAAAAGUUAGAGAGGCGGAGGAGAUAGAAGUAGAAGUGAAAAUAGUCACAGAGAGCGAGAGCAACCAAACUCCCUCUGACACAGCAGCUCUUACAGUAGAGGCCCAAGAGUCAGGUGACAUGGUUUGUAUAGAGCCAUAUAUAACAUCACAAUACAUGGAAGACAAUAAUCCCUCAUUAAAUGACCUCACAGAAUUAAAUCUGUCUCAAACUGAAAACCCAUAUCUGCUUGAAUCACCUGACACUGCAAAGAAGAGAAGGAAAAGGGGUUCUACUCGUUGGAAUAAAGGUAAACAAGCAGAGACAGACUUUGGGGAGAACCAAGACUCCAAAACUGGAGACGCAGAAAAAUCCCUACAACUUCAGGAAUCCAUUGCAGUUGUGGAAUCCUGGUCCUACAGCAACACAGAAGAGCUUCUGGGUCCAAAAGAAAGUGAAACGGAGGACACUGAGUGCAGCAGUCAAAGUGAGUUUCUUUUGUUUGCUUCUAACACACUCAACCAACCGGAUGACAGAUGUAAAGAGGAAGUUGGUGAAGACAUUGAACCUAGUAGUGAAGCUGUGGUUAGUUAUAGCAGUGAAUUGCUUCAAGAUACUCUUGGAACCAAAUCACUCUUGCAUCUGCCCCUAGACCUUGCGUUGCAAGUUGUUCAUGGAGUCGCUGCUGAACCCAUAACAGAGGAGUUGAAGAAAGAGGAAGAGAGGAGGCAGGAAAGUGAGCAUGCCGAGGUGGAGUCCUCCACAUUUCUCAGCUCUAGGCAUUCAUUAGAUCAAUCCCUUGAGUCAGACACUUUAACCAACACAGAAGAGUUUGAGUCAUUCAAUAACACAAUAAUCCUCCAAAGUGGAGAAGGUGAAGAGAAACUUGAACUUGUUGUAAAUGAGUCAGAAUUGCAAGAUGACAUUAACUCUACUGGUCCAGGCAGUCAGGAAACAUUGCACCACAGAGAUGAAGAUGAGAACUUUGUUGAUCUGAUAGUUGAGGAAAAUAUAGUACUGGCAAAUAUAUCUCAUUUUAGACAACCAGACCAUGUAGAAAGCUAUCAACCUGAACAAAGUGAGGAUAUUACCUGCUUUUUACAAUCAACCCCUUCAGACAGCUCUUUGGGUCAUGACAAAAGUGCUCAAUCACAAUCCAGGAGAAGAAAGAUGGGUUCCACUCGCAGGAAUCCUAGAGGUAGACAUGAGGAGGAAGAACACGGAGAGAGUAAGAUGCAUAGAUAUCGUUAUCUUGAAAAUGAGGGAGAAGAGGUCAUAUUGGGAAAAGAAGAAAUGUUUGGCAUCAAAGAGGCUGAGUUUGAAAUAUCUAUGGAGCCUAAAGAUAGCACCAGUGUCGACGAGAAAGAAGGAGAGCAGAUGGAAAAGGACAAUUUCCAAACAGAGAAAGACACAGAAAACAUAGAAGAGACAGGAAGGAGGUUAGAGUGGGACAUGGGAACAGUGGAAGGAUCUGGUGUUGAAACAAUGGAAGAGUCUCUGAUGUUAUUGGAACCGGAGCAUGGAGCAGAUGAGGAGAAGAAAGGAAUGGAAGAAGAAAGUCUGAUUGAACCCACCCCUUUUGAUCAAUACAUCGAUUCAGUUGGUAUUGCAGAUCAAUUAUAUAACCAAGAGAAAGGCAACAGAUUCACUGUAGACUCUGUCAAUACAGAAACUGAGAGCAACAAUGAAGCAAGCAUGGCCCACAUAGUUGACCCAAUAGAACCCUUCAGCGUUGGACUGGACCAAUCAGGAGACACUUUACUCAGGGAGGAAGAAGUUAGUGAUUUCACACUGCUUGUGAAUCAUUCUGAAGUGAGCAAGAGCAGCCAAAUCGCAUAUGAUUGUGCUCUUACACUAGAGUCAGAUGACACUUUCAGCACUGAUCCCAAAAUCUCUCCUAGUCAACUCAUCCAAACUCCAUGUAUGGAAUUCACUAACCCCUUUCUCAACCCAUUAUUACCGCAGAGUAUUCAGGGGAAUGAGGAGGAUGCAAACACUGACCCCAAUACAACAGGGGGACUGGACACAUCAGAGGUCAUUUUACUCAGCGAGGGAGAAAUGAGUGAUCAUGUGCCGCUUGUAAAUGAAGUGAGUGUCAGUAGCCAAAUGACGUAUGAUGAUAAAACUCUCACAACAGAGCCCUGCCAAACAGAUGAGGCUUUGAGCACUGAUCCCAAUAUCUCUGCUAGUCAACUCAACCAAACUCCAUACUCGGAUGAAAGCCGUAACUCUUUUCCCAAUUCACUCUUACUGCAGAGUGUUCAGGACCAAGGUGAUAAUGCAGCAAACACAGACUCCAAUCAGAGUCCUUCUCCAAGCAGGAGGAGAAAGAUGGGGUCGACUCGUAGGCAUCCUAGAGGUGUACAAAGAGAAGAGGAGGGCACAGAGGAGAAACAAGAAGGGGAAAUAGAAAGCACAGAGGAGAUAGAAGACAAGAGAGAAAACAUGGAUGCAGUGGAAGGUUCUUGCAUGGAGUUUGAAAUGUUGAUGGAAUCUAAGGAUGGAGCUGGUAAUGACAAGAAUGAAGGAGAAGAGAGAAAUGAGGAGAGUGUCCUGACUGACCUCAGCUGUUCAUUUAGUACUUCAAAUCAAGAGGGAAGAAACAUAGAGGCUGACAUUAUAGAAAGUGAGAGCCAAUCAAUUAUAAAGGAAUCAAUGGCAACAAAACUCUUGCUUCUACGUGAAGCAGAGUUGACUCAGAUUAGUCAAACUCUUCACAACCCUUACCCUGAUGUUCCUACUAUAGAGUCAUAUGACUCCUACCUGACCGAUGACACACUGAACUCAAAUCCUGCCAUCACUGGUUUGCAACACAAAGAAACAUCAUUGGAGGAAACACUUGAUGAAUCAAGAGGAAACACUGACUCCCCUCCAGAUCCACCCUCACUGCAGAGUUCUCUUGGUCCAGAGGAAACAGCAGAGGGAGAAUCCUACACUCCAGGGAGGAAAAGGAAGAUCGGUUCCACUCGCAGCAAGACUCAUCGAGGUAGAAAAGGAGAGGAGAGAAGAGAGGAGGGACAGGAGGAGGAGAAAGGAGAAGGCACAGAUGUUAUAGGAGAGGUGGGAGAUGUCAUUAUAACAGCAGAAAUGGAUUCUAGCAUAGAAAAGACUGAGCUUGUAGAGCUUGAGGAACUUCUAGAAAAAGUGACAGAGGAGCAGGCGAUGGCAGACCCAGAGAUCAUAGUAGUGGAGGGAGAGGUCAACAUAGUAUUAGAAGGAGAAUCUGGCAUCGAAAAGUCUGAGCUUGUAGAACAUACAGAAAAAGUUAGAGAGGCGGAGGAGAUAGAAGUAGAAGUGAAAAUAGUCACAGAGAGCGAGAGCAACCAAACUCCCUCUGACACAGCAGCUCUUACAGUAGAGGCCCAAGAGUCAGGUGACAUGGUUUGUAUAGAGCCAUAUAUAACAUCACAAUACAUGGAAGACAAUAAUCCCUCAUUAAAUGACCUCACAGAAUUAAAUCUGUCUCAAACUGAAAACCCAUAUCUGCUUGAAUCACCUGACACUGCAAAGAAGAGAAGGAAAAGGGGUUCUACUCGUCGGAAUAAAGGUAAACAAGCAGAGACAGACUUUGGGGAGAACCAAGACUCCAAAACUGGAGACGCAGAAAAAUCCCUACAACUUCAGGAAUCCAUUGCAGUUGUGGAAUCCUGGUCCUACAGCAACACAGAAGAGCUUCUGGGUCCAAAAGAAAGUGAAACGGAGGACACUGAGUGCAGCAGUCAAAGUGAGUUUCUUUUGUUUGCUUCUAACACACUCAACCAACCGGAUGACAGAUGUAAAGAGGAAGUUGGUGAAGACAUAGAACCUAGUAGUGAAGCUGUGGUUAGUUAUAGCAGUGAAUUGCUUCAAGAUACUCUUGGAACCAAAUCACUCUUGCAUCUGCCCCUCGACCUUGCGUUGCAAGUUGUUCAUGGAGUCGCUGCUGAACCCAUUACCGAGGAGUUGAAGAAAGAGGAAGAGAGGAGGCAGGAAAGUGAGCAUGCCGAGGUGGAGUCCUCCACAUUUCUCAGCUCUAGGCAUUCAUUAGAUCAAUCCCUUGAGUCAGACACUUUAACCAACACAGAAGAGUUUGAGUCAUUCAAUAACACAAUAAUCCUCCAAAGUGGAGAAGGUGAAGAGAAACAAACUCCCUCUGACACAGCAGCUCUUACAGUAGAGGCCCAAGAGUCAGGUGACAUGGUUUGUAUAGACCCUCAUAUCUCUGCUAUUCAACUUACCCAACCAGCAGACAUGGAACAAUGUCUGUUAACACCAAGUAAUAGCCCCAGUCUUCCUUCAAAAUCAUCUCUGUCUCUGAGUUCCCAAUCUCACGAGGAUGUUGGUGAAUCCAAAGCUACAGGGAAGAGAAGAAAGAUGGCCUCUACUCAUCUGACACAAGGAGGACUCCACGCAGAGGAAGAGAAGCAGGUGACAGGAGAAAAUAUAACAGAGGCAGAGGUCAGAGCGGAAACCAUUGGAAAUCCAGAAGUCAAUGCUGUUUUGGAAAGAUUUCAAGAGGAGCGCAGGGCUGAAGCUGUCAGUCUGGAGGACCAACAGGAGAUACAGAGCACAGAGAAGGAGACAAUACUCAUAGAGGUGGUUGCCUCAAGCACUGUUUUGAGUGGAAAAGCGUCUGAACCAGUGGCUCCAGCUCCACAGCCACGCCCUGGGAAUAAAAGAGGUCAAGAAAAGGCAGAGCGUGUGGAGAAGCCACCGGGUACCUUUGGAAGCUCUGGCUCUAGUUCAAACCCCUACAACGUGGUGAUGGUUGGAAACAGCAGUGUGGGCAAAACCUCCUUCAUGAGGCGUUUCCAAAGUGGAGAGUUCUGUCUGCACCACGAUGCAACCAUUGGUAUUGAUACCUGUAUACAGUCUGUGACAGUGGAUGCAAGCCCAGUGACUCUACAGUUAUGGGAUACUGCAGGUCAGGAAAGAUUCCACAGCAUCACCAGACAAGUGUUCCACAAAGCCCAGGGUCUACUGCUGAUGUAUGACAUCACUUCCUCUCAGAGCUUCUGUGACAUCUGUUACUGGGUCAAUUGCAUUCAGGAGGGGGCCCCAGAUGAUGUCAUCGUUAUACUCCUUGGGAACAAGACUGAUUGUGCUGAACUAGAACGAGAGGUUCAGACUCAUGAAGGGGAGAACCUUGCAAAGGGGUACGACAUGCUCUUUAUGGAGUGUAGUGCUGCAACAGGUGACAAUGUGACUCUGUCUAUGGAAACUCUGGCAAGGAUGCUAAAGCAGCUGGGUGAGCAGACAAAACAAGAAGAGGGAAGCUUGGUGUUGCAGAAAGAACCCCCAAAGAAGAAAUCAGGCUGCUGCUGAUCAAGGUGGAGAAGAUUGGUACAUGUCAUAAUCUGCAGCACAUACACGCACGCACGUACGCACCCCUGUACGCACACACAUACAUGCAUUUGUGCCCUAUAAGCCCUUAUGAUUGUAUUUUUACUUCUAAAUGUUCUAUAUGUUAUAUAGCAGAUUUAAAUAAAAAAAACAUUUGUCAAUGCAUGCCAAAGCAUAUACUGUAGUGGUAGUAAUGUGACGCUUGAGAUGAUUCUCCCUUUUCUACUUCUUUGUGGGGGAAAAAAUAUAUUUAUUAAAUUACGAAGAGAUAUAUAUAUUCAUACCAACACUAUUUAUUUACAGUAGAUGGUGUCAUAUUACAAUUUAUUGUCUGAGUUUUUUUGCUUGUAAAACAUCCACCUAUGCAGUUUAUACAAAUCUAAUAAAUACAUAAUACAUUCAA